AUGGAGCCGAACGAAGAAGUUGGUCUUGAAGAGCGACUCAAGUCUGCCCUUUGGCUGUCCAUUGGUAAGAUCGUCGACGAAGAGACAAUCAAGCUCGGAAUCAAUGCGACGCCUCAGUUUAUCGGCGCCUUGACCGAAAUGGUCUGGGCGCAGGUCGAAACUGUCAGUCAGGAUCUCGAGUCCUUCGCCAAGCAUGCUGGGCGCUCCACAAUCAACGUCGCCGAUGUCAUGUUGCUCGCCCGCCGGAAUGAGGGACUGGAAUCAAUCUUGCGAGCGUUUGUCGAUCGGCAGCGCGAAGAAGAGUCCUGA